CCCCCAGCUCUCAAUUGUACCAGUGACCGCAGUACGUACGCAGCAAUCGAGACAAUCUGGAAGGAGACAUCUCCUCAACCCUUCGGUCCACCACCCAGCCGACCUCACGAUACCUCUAAAUUUCUUCCCAAAACACCGCCGAACCCUCCCUCUCCGAAUCACGACGUGAGAACUUCCAACAAUGGCGCCCAAGCGAACCGCCUCCUCCCAAAAAGCAGCAGCAGCUGCUGCCGCUCCCGCAGUCCACCACCCCGAGCCGCCCACCUCGCCCGCGGGACCGACCGCCGCCGCCGCGAUCCCGGGCACAAUGACCUCGCAGCCCAAGGCCGUACCCAUCACCAUGACCCCCAAGAGCACCGGCAGCGGCGCCCAGAACUGGGACCAGGUCCUGGCCAACAUUUACAACCACUACGUCAAGAGCACGCCGCAGCGCACCAAGCUGAUUGACGUCUUCAUGGCAUUUUUGGUCGUUGUUGGCGCGCUGCAAUUCUUGUACUGUGUUGUUGCUGGAAACUACCCCUUCAACGCCUUCCUCUCUGGUUUCUCUGCGACCGUCGGCCAAUUCGUCCUCACUGCAUCGUUGCGCAUCCAGACCACCGAGGCCAACAAGUCCGACUUCCCCUCUGUAUCACCCGAGAGAGCUUUCGCCGACUACGUCGCAUGCAGUCUGAUUCUGCACUUCUUCUGCGUCAACUUCAUAAACUAAGGGCACGUACCAGAUGAAAGGAACAGGAGACAAGUUUUUAUCUUCCAGUCGGGACAAGAAAAGGGGGUGUCGGUCCUCAAGGCCAAAGACUGAGGUUCGAUGUGGGCGGUGGACAGACCAAUUGGUGGUGAAGCAUGAACGCUACAACACCACAAUCGCAUGAGCAUGCGGAACGAACAAAGCAAUGUACAUUAUUUGAGCAGGCGUUGCAUCACAGCACGAUAGAUGUCAAAGAGAUGAACAAAAGUGCAAUUCUGGGA